AUGACCACAGCACCCCCCAGUACCCCCCUCACCCAUGUUGGCCCAACCUUCACCAUCCAUCCCUGCACUCCCUCCGACCUCCCCUCCAUGCAAAAAAUCUACACCCACUCCUUCGAAAACGACGCAUUCCGACUCGCCCGCUGGCCCGCCUCCACCGUCCCCCCCUCAACAUUCAACCCCUGGAUCACCAACGUAUUUGCCAAAUAUCUCCGAACACCACACACAAUGACAUGGAAAGUUGUUGAAAAUUCCACGGGGAAUAUAGCCGGGUGGACGCAUUGGAGUCCCGCGCACGAGGUGAGUGUGGAAGAGGAAGAAUCGCAGAAGAAAGAGGAGGAGAGGGAGGAAAGGGAGAGAGAGGAGAAGGGGGAGGAAAAGUUUCCCGUGGGUUCUGUGGUGGAGAUUUGUGAGGCGAAGGUUGAGGGGUGGAAGGGGUUGAGGGAGAGGUGGUAUAGGAGGGGGGAUAUGUAUUUAAUCUACGUCCUAACCAUCUCCCCCACGUACCAAAAACUCGGUCUAGGAACCUACCUCCUAAACAGCAUCCUUAGUCUCGCCGACAGCCAAUCAAAAAGUUGUUAUCUAGAAGCUACUGCUGCGGGGUAUCCGAUAUAUGAGCGUGUGGGAUUCAAGACGGUUGAGGUGAUGGAGGUGGAUAUGGGGGUUUGUGGGGUGGGGAGGAAUUGGGCGAUGAUUAGGGAGCCGGGGGUUGGUGGUGGGUAG